AUGCGAGCGGAAACCCUUCGAGCCUUUGUGGAUGCCUGCAGUCCCCGAAACCUAACGCAUUACGACCCGGAAGAUGAACCCACCAGUUGUCUUUCCACAGAACCCCAUGACAACACCGUCGAAGAUGCUGUCCAGCACUACUUUGGAUGCAUCGAGAUAUGCGACCGAGCCAAAUUCCUGAAGCCCGGUCACCCGCAUUGGGAGCACGAAUGGGACAUUCAAUAUGGGAAAGUUUACACAGAACUGGCAAAUACCAUGGAGAAAUUUCUUGUCACCAACGACAACGACAAAUGGGAGAACCACUUGAAGGCCGCCCAAGAGAAGCUCAAGGAAGCGGGUCACCCUGUUCCUGAUGGCGAUCCCAUCACGAUUGAUUCCAUCUCGAAGGCAAGAGCCAAUGAGUGGCUUGAAAAGAGAAUGGGGAGUGUGGCUAUUGCUAUCGAGGCUCAAUACAAGCGGAUAGAGAUUUUGCGAAACGCGCUCAGCAAGACUCCAACCCGCCAUUCCAGGGUCUUCUCAGGCCAGCAGCCAGCAGUCAAGAAGGAGGAUUGCGUUGUUAACCAGCUAGAGGAGAGUCGUACCAGGUGGAAGAGGUCACCUCGCUUCAUCCAAGGAAUUCAAUUGGUGCGUCAAUGGAGAAAAGAGAUGAAGGGUGAAAAUGAAGAUGAUGACAACAACGAAUCCGACGAGCCAGGACGAAAGAAAGUCAAAGAUCUUGCGAAAAAGCAACGCACGAAAAAGAAUACGCAAUCGGAGAAUGGCCAUCAAUCCAAUCAGGAUCCCAGCAAUGAACUAGCGGAAGACACUGAUACCGAAUAUCAUCUCGAGCGAGAUGUCAAUGCCUAUCUCAUCCAGUUCAGCACCGAAUACGACACAGGCAGGCCAAGUCAAGAUGCUGGGUCUUUCCUGACACCGGUUGAUGAACCAUUGACCGACGGCCGUUUCAAAGGGACCUUCCCAGACCAGCGCAUAUCCAUGAGCUUUCUCCUCGACAACGGGGUUACUCCUGGACCGGAAAGCACUGAUAAUCCUAGGUUGAGAACCCAUGAUCCGGAAGGCGAUUGGAACAUCCUGUCAAGAAACCGAUGCAAGAGUCAAGAUGAUUCGGGACCGCCAAAGAGGAUCCGAUACUUCCACAUCCCAUCAAAUAAUAUGGCAUGGGUGGAGAAAGCCAUUGCCAACUACUACGAAACCGAAACACCAGAUCUCAAUCGCAAACUCAGGCAUCAGAGCGUGCAAACCCCAAUACACAUGCUCUUGAGCCCACAGUAUUGGCGAGGUCAGCAACAAGGGACUCGAAGCGGUGUAGUGCACGCAAGACACAUGCGUUCUCUCUGCGAGGUGGUGUCAACCGAGACAAAUGAGAUCGAGAAGCAUCCGAAGAACGUUGUUCUUUUUAUGCCAUAUCUCCACUGGGAAACAGACCGUAGGAGGGAGACCAUUUCGAGGCUGAUCGAUAUUGAAUCCGACAAAUUCCGUCAAACCCAAAAGGGAGAAAAGCAGCAGAAAAAGACAAGUCGACAGAAAGAGAGAGAGAAACUCACCGAACGCUCAAAGGAUGACAUGGAGAGAAGGAAGAUAAAGCAUCCCAAAGAGGGUGCUGAAGACCCUGAGAGUCAAAAUAAGCUGCUUCAAACCGUUGACCUGGCACUUUAUCAACUCUUCAGACGUCGCCGGGAAGCUCGACGCGGUGAAAGGCCUCAUAUCGAUGACUCUGGUCGUCUGAUAGUCAUGAGUGCAUUGGGUCAGUAUCUGGUGGAUGCUGCUCGCCUUUAUGAGGCCAUGUCAACGUUCAGGGACCAGAGAAUGCUGGAGAAAUACCUUUUCCACGACCCUCCCCUCCACCCGCGUCGCACAUUGGAUCAGUCUUACUACUGGACACUAAGAACCACCAAGGCUCGAGAUAGAGAUCAGGUCAUCUACCGAGAUACGAAGCUUGACUUUAUCCACAAACUCCAGGAGGCAGAGAAGCCUAAGCACUCCUGGAUUAAACGCCACAGCUCUCCUCAACAACCCUUGAAUCGAACAACAAACAGCGCCACACCCGUGACAGGGGAAGAGCCGGCUCAUGGACCUGGAGAUCAUGGUACAGCUCAGUAUGUCGAGGGUGAUGUUUCGCUACUUAUGAAGUGGACUCAUCAUUCUGAGACAACUGAUGAGCACGGCUGCGACCAGUGCAAGAGCGACAUCAAGAGAGUCUCCCAGCUCAUCAUGGUUGAUCAACUAUGGAUGUGGGUUCUUGAUGAGCACACAAUCAUUACCUCGUUUCCGCGGCGCUAUGGAAGCAACAAGCAUGAUUUGUCGGGAGUACACCGAUCGAUACGGGCCCGUUUAAAGUCGUUCCGCAAGAACCAAGUGAGAUCGGUCUAUGAUCUGGCGCUUAUUAUUCUGGACGAAUGCUCAAACACCUUCUUCGAUCGGACCAGGGCUGAUGAGGGCCAACCGCAAGUGAUGGAUAUCUUCUCUGAAGCUAUUGGGCGAGUUACAAAUCAACACACAAUAUCAUUCCACCAUGUCUGGCACUGGACGCAAGAAGCCUCCAAGAUAUAUCGAGCCAGGUCUAAAUACGUCAGCUCAGCUAAUCUACAUGUGUCCUUGCUCGACAUCAAUCCUGAAGGUAAGCUUCAACGCGAGGUCAAGGAUAUCCUUGACGAGCUGGACAUUAUGCUGCACGUCCACAAGAGACAAAGAGACAUCAUGAAGAGAUUCCGCAGACACGUUGAGCAUAUUUUGGAUCCCAAGAACCGAUGGAGCGGCGAUUGCUUCAUAGAGGAAGAUACCUUGGAGCCCUCGCGCAAGCCAUCAGGUAACGCAAGUGUCAGGAGUGGCAGCAAUGGCAAGAGCGAGGAGCAACCCGGAACAGAUGACGAAGAAACUAGAAGAAGAAAGCAACUGGGAUGGUUCCGGGUUCAAUACCAGGAGCUACUCUCAGAAGUGAACGACCGAAUCGACGAGCUCGAAGGACUAAGAGCAGGUGCUAAGAGUACAGCUGACAGUGUCAACGAUCUUCUUGCAUUGAAACAACAACAGUCAAGUGUAGUGCAAGCCUGGGAGUCCGUCAGGCAAGCUGAGGAGGCCGUCGCCCAAGGACGUGCUGUCAUGAUGUUCACGAUUGUUACUAUUGUGUUUCUGCCCUUGUCAUUCAUGUCGAGCAUCUUCGGCAUGAACAACUGGGAAUUCACUGGUGGCGGUCCCAUGCACUUGGGGGAACAGUUCAAACUCAUGUUCUCCAUAUCUAUAGGUAUCAUCAUCGCAACGAUCGUUGUCGCGUUCAGUCCCUUGCUCCGGGCAACGGUCGUAUCCUUCACAAAAUAUGUCUUCACGAUCAUCGUGGUCUACUCUCAGCUAUACAGGUUCUGGAUAAUGUUCCACGAUGAAUACCGGUCGGAAUACCUCAUGUAUAAGACCGAGCUCAAAGUCCGGAAGAUGAAGGAAGAAGUGCGAAAAGCCAAGCGAAAGAGAGCCGCCCGGAGGGCUGAACUGCUCAAUACGCAGAACAACCCAGACGAACAAGCUUCUGACAUUGCCAACGCGGCGUCGGAAACGCCAAAACGGAGCUGGCUCAGCAGGCUCUUCGGGGCGGGGAACAGCCCAACUCUAGAAGGUAAACCUUCCUCCAUAUCGGUGUCGACCAGAGAUGGCAAACCUGAAGUUCGUGAGACCAACGAACACAGCGAACAGAGUGGUAUGAGACCUCCAUCCACGGUAUCCAACGGUACAACGCAAGUGUACACGAUGGCCGGUGGUAAUACACCAAUGUCACGAGGUGCUAGAACACCAGAACCGCCGCUAAUGAGCGGUAGAAGAGGGGAUGAUGGAGACAUUGUGUGA